UGAUUACUGAGGAGGAAUGAUAAUGUUCCUAAUAUGGAUGCUGUACUUGUCAUUUUUUAUCAAACUUCCAGGACUGUACAGGGAACGAAAAAAACAGUUUGCAGUAGCAAGGACCAGGGCGGUGUUGGUCUUACGCAUGAUGGGGAGGUGGAAGCACAGUGAUGGUUACUUAUAUUAUGGAUUUUACAAUACUGAUCAUCAGAGUUGAUUUUACAGCAGUUUAUAAAAUGUAAAGACCAAACUAACAAGAAAACCAGGAAGCUGCAUAUCAUUGUAAAUGUGCCCGAACGAUUUUUAGACAUCCAGGAUUUAACAGCUGAGAAAUUACAAGGAAUAGCUGAAGAUGUUUGCUUUUCCCAGGCCCGAGAGCUGAUGUGGAGAUCUCAGGAAGGAAAUAAGAAUAGUAAUCCAGUAGUGGGCAGUGAUACACCAUUUGAGAAUGUAGUCCACUUUGAAACCCUACCGAGGAAGAAAGGUCAGGGAGGCAGCCCGUUUCCAAAACGAAUCCAUUCGGUCAUCCGGUGCCGAACACGCCUACAGCGGGCGUAUGGGCCAGAUAAUAUAAUUCCCUCAUGCGUAGCAUGCGAAAACAAAACUGAAAAUCCUGAGAAUAAGGUGUGUGUUGGUGGUGGAGUGUGCCCAGGGUGUGCUGCCACCAUGCCCGUGACAUCACAGCUGUUCAGAAGCCUGCCUCGGGCAAGGCUCUGGGGUCCCUCCCUAUUACCGUGUCAACCCCAGGUGCCCUGCUGCCCUUUGUCCAAUCAGCGCGCCUCGUCAUGGCCGCCAGCCUUUCCCAAACGCGGUUACAGGCGGAGCCCUGGCCUGCAGAGUUACAACCUCAGCCCCCCUCAGGUCAACUCCAUCCUCAAGGCCAACGAGUACAGCUUCAAGGUCCCGGAGUUUGACGGUAAGAACGUGUCGACGGUAAUGGGGUUCGACAGUAACCAGCUGCCUGCCAAUGCGCCCAUCGAGGACCGCCGCAGCGCCGCCACAUGUCUGCAGACGCGGGGGAUGUUGCUGGGGGUUUUUGAUGGCCAUGCCGGCUGUGCUUGUGCCCAGGCGCUGAGCGAGAGGCUGUUCUAUUACAUAGCCAUGUCGCUGAUGCCCCAUGAGACCCUGUGUGAGCUGGAGACUGCUGUGGAGGCCGGCAGGGCUCUCAGUCCCAUCCUGCAGUGGCACAAACACCCAAACGACUACUUCACCCGGGAGGCACAGACACUCUACUUCAACAGCCUGAGAACAUACUGGCAGGAACUCAUCGACCUCAGCAGUCCAGGGGAGAGCCUCGGGCCCCGAGAGGCCUUGUUGACUGCCUUUAAGAGGCUGGACAGUGACCUCUCCCUGGAGGCUCAGGUGGGCGACACCAAUUCCUUCCUCCACCACUGGGUUCUGAGAGUGGCCUUCUCUGGAGCGACGGCCUGUGUGGCUCACAUUGAUGGAAAUGACCUGUAUAUAGCAAACACUGGCGAUGGCCGGGCUGUCCUGGGGGUCCAGGAGGAAGAUGGUUCAUUCAGCGUCCACACGCUCUCCAAUGACCACAACGCUCAGAACGAGAAGGAGGUGGCCCGCAUUCAGGGGGAGCACCCGCCGUCCGAGAGGAGCACAGUAGUGCGGCAGGACCGGCUGCUGGGCCUGCUGAUGCCUUUCCGGGCCUUCGGGGACGUGAAGUUCAAGUGGAGCAUUGACUUGCAGCGGGCGGUGUUGGAGUCGGGACCGGACCAGCUCCACGAGAACGAGCACACCAAGUUCAUCCCUCCCAACUACCACACUCCCCCGUACCUCACAGCCGAGCCGGAGAUUACCCACCACCGCCUACGACCCCAGGACAGAUUCCUGGUUCUGGGCACAGAUGGACUGUGGGAGACUCUUCACCGGCAGGAAGUGGUCCGGAUCGUAGGGGAGUAUCUCACAGGAGUCCAUCAGCGGCAGCCCCUCACAGUGGGGGGCUACCAUGUUACCCUGGGACAGAUGCACGGGCUGCUGGCCGAGAGGAAGGCCAGAGCCUCCUUAGUGUUCCAGGACCAGAACGCUGCCACCCACCUGAUCCGCCACGCGGUGGGCAACAAUGAGUUUGGAGCAAUAGACCACGAGACCCUGUCCAAGAUGCUGUCUCUGCCUGAGGAACUGGCCCGCAUGUACCGCGAUGACAUCACCAUCAUCAUCACCCAGUUCAACCCUCACGUGAUUGGACACCAGCGCCAGGGGGAGAAGUCCUGAGCCAACCCAGUCUAUGAGAGGGGGAGUGCAGACAUGAACAGGAAGUUUACUUUUUAAAGAGGAAGAAGGGGGAAAAAAAACUGAUUUGAGGACUUGCUAAAGACCCACCGUUUAGGUCUAUCCUUUAAUUUACCCAACGCACAAGAGACUCGCACAAGACUGUUUAUGGAUUGUCAGUGAAGAGGUGUGUUCAAUCAUGUGUACUGAUACACAUGUGAGCAAACGGUCCUGGUUACAUUUACUAAAGAAUAUAGAUAAUUUGAAAUGCUUUCUGAACCUCAAGGCACAUUGGGUCUUUUUAGAGUAUAGGUCUUGAAAUAUUCAAUGGAUAUUGGAUGACGUUGCCAACCUGCCCCAUGCUUUUCUGUGCAUGGAAUCUGUACAGUCUCUGUCCAAAGGAGGCGUUCGUGCCAAGAGUUUGAAGCAUCACAACUAACAUCACAGCUGUCUGAGCAUUGCAUAAAUGAUGCAGUGGCAGUCUUGCCUUCUUAGUUGAGAUGAGACUAUUUCAGAUGCCCCGCACACUACCAUAUCGCAGCUGUGGCUCUACGGUGUGCAGUUGCCGCAUCUACUCUGCUUUAGAUCUGCAACUGGCCUCCAUUCUGGCUCUAUAACAUGGUUCUGCUGUUACAUAGCAGUCUGUCUGUGUUCUAUCGUAGAUCAGGAUGUUUUAUUAUUUUUAAAUUACAAGUUAAUUACAGAUUGGCCGCGAAGAGCUUCCAGACAUUUGUUUUGCACAUGUUUUUUUGAAAAAUAUUUUUUUAUCUUGAUAACAAAGCAAAUGGUUUUGUUGUCAAUCAUGGAAAGGAAAGAGGAUUAGCUACCUGACAGUAUAAUGCAGCACUCCAGGUUUAAUGUAACCUGCUUUUUUUAUUGCAUUAUUCUGUUUCCCUCAGGUGGCAUAUAGUUAAGUUGUUAGCAUUGGGCUAGUAACUGAAAGGUCACUGGUUUGAAUCCCCAAGUCAACAUGGUGGAGGAAAAAAUCAAUUCUGUUGUGCCCUCAUGCAAGGCACUUCAACUGAAUCUGUCAUUUGCAGAAAGUCCUAAAGACCCCAGAAUAAUAAAUGAACAAGUGUGUAUUUUAUAACAUC